CCACUGGACUACCGGGCCGCCACGCUUGCUUGUUUCUGCGAAAAAUACCACCACUUAGUCCAGCCUGCCCCUGGGCAGAUUUAGACUGCGCCUUGCGCCAGCGUUGCACUGGGCAUGAAAAUAGAUCCCGACACGUACCCUGUGAUAGACUGUGGCGACUCGUCCGAAGUGUACCCCGCCUUUCAUAUUAAGUCAGCUGGGAUGCUCACCCGCAACUAUAAUGAGAACAUGCACUCGAGGAAAAAAAACGGAUGUAUCGACGCGCGGACAUGAUAUUGGAUAUUGAAAACGUGGACUCUGGAUAGCACACCAUUUUAUUUUUUUUGUAGCGUGGUCCAACUGACAUAACAGGAAACCAAUGUGUUUUUGUACAAUGCGCUAGCAUAUGCACUCUACUACAAGCCAACUUUCAUCAUCAUCAUCAUCAUCGUCGUCGUCCUCCUCCUCUUCAUUCUGGUGUGUUGGUCCUAACCGGAUCAGCAUUGAAGUGCACUGUGAGUGCACACGCGCACAUACACACACGCGCACACACGCUUCAGGCUGGGUGGAUGCUGCUCGGGCACCAUGGAGCAAAAAGCAGCCAAGGAUGAAGGCACGUCCAGGGGACAAGAGUCCUACCAGCGGCGGAUGUGGAAGACUUUCCAGGAAAAAACCAAGCCGUGGCUCAGUCCCAAACUGGGCUCGGAGCGUCGCGCUAGCGGCGGAGCAGAAAGCGCCAAGAAGGAGUCCGGACUGUGGAUGUUCAAGAGGAAAAAGAAACACUUGGACCGAGUGUUCUCGUCCUCGCAGCCCAAUCUGCGCUGCUCCUCUCCGCUGCUGUCACUCGGGAGCGGGGGGGAUAAGCGCGGAGGACGCGGCGGCGAUGCGGCGGCGGCAGCGGCGGCCGGGACCAGCCGAGGAGACGAGGGGCUUCAUCUCGGCGCGGCUUCCGGGAGCACGGGGAGCAAGCCCGAGCUGACGGCCCACGGAAGCCCCAAGGUGCACGUCUCGCAACUCGUCGCGUCCCAACAGAAGAGCUCCUCGCUGGGCUCGGCGUGUUUCGAGAAGCUGGUGGUGGACCCGGCCGUGGUCCUGCAGGAAGAGGGGCAGCUGCGGAAGAAGCCGAGUGAUGCUGGCAUCAAUAUAGUGGACCCUUGUAAUGCCGAGCCUCCGCCACCCAGUCCAGCCAUGUACCAGCUGGAUAUUGUCUUAAAGAAAGGCAACAACCUGGCCAUCAGAGAUCGCACAGGUACGAGUGAUCCAUAUGUCAAGUUCAAGAUUGCGGGGAAGGAGGUGUUCAGGAGUAAAACCAUCCACAAGAACCUCAAUCCAGUGUGGGAUGAAAGAGCAACUCUCCUGGUGGAAAGCCUGAGGGACCCGCUGUAUGUCAAGGUUUUUGACUACGACUUUGGACUUCAGGAUGACUUUAUGGGCUCAGCGUAUCUCUACUUGGAGUCUCUGGAGCAUCAGAGGACACUGGAAGUUCUCCUGGACCUCAAGGACCCACAUUAUCCAGACCAUAAUCUCGGCAGCCUGGAACUUUCGGUCACGUUAUCACCGCGAGAGGGAGACAUGAGAGAUGCAACCAUGCUUUUGAGAAGGAACUGGAAACGAUCUAGUAAGUGCCAGAGCAUGCGGCUGUCAGAUGUACACAGAAAAGCUCAGCUGUGGCGGGGCAUCGUCAGCAUCAGUCUUAUCGAAGGUCGCGGCCUCCAGCCCAUGGAUGACAACGGCCGAAGUGACCCUUAUGUUAAAUUUAGGAUGGGCCACCAAAAGUAUAAGAGCAAGACCAUUCCCAAAACGCUGAAUCCUCAAUGGAGAGAACAGUUUGACUUCCACAUGUAUGAGGAGCAAGGAGGCUACGUGGACAUUACGGUCUGGGACAAAGACGCCGGCAAGAAAGAUGACUUCAUGGGAAGGUGCACGAUCCACCUGUCCCUCCUCAGUAAAGAGCACACACACAAACUGGAGUUGCCACUCGAGGAAGGCGAAGGCGUGCUGGUGAUGCUGGUGACGCUCACAGCCUCUUCCGCCGUCUCCAUCUCAGACCUGUCGGUCAACGUGCUGGACGACCCGCAGGAGCGACACCAGAUCAAGCAGAGAUAUAGCUUGUGGAGGUCACUGCACAACCUGAAAGACGUCGGGGUGGUGCAGGUAAAAGUCAUCCGCGCUGAAGGACUGAUGGCGGCCGACGUCACAGGUAAGAGUGACCCAUUCUGCAUAGUGGAGCUGAGUAAUGAUCGGCUGCAGACUCACACCGUUUACAAAAACCUGAACCCAGAGUGGAACAAGGUCUUCACUUUUAACGUGAAGGACAUCCACUCAGUACUCGAGGUCACCGUUUACGACGAGGACCGAGACAGAAGCGCCGAUUUCCUGGGGAAAGUAGCCAUCCCUUUACUAAAGAUCCAAAAUGGAGAACGCAAAGCCUACGCCUUGAAAAGUAAGGAGCUGACAGGGCCAACGAAAGGGGUCAUCUUCCUUGAAAUAGACGUGAUUUUUAAUGCUGUGAAGGCGGGUCUCCGGACAUUGAUCCCCAUUGAGCAGAAGUACAUAGAGGAGGAGCCCAGAGUGUCCAAACAGCUGCUGUUGCGCAACUUCAACAGAGUGAGGCGCUGCAUCACGUUCCUCAUCAACACCGGCUAUUACAUCAACAGCUGCUUCGAAUGGGAAUCUCCGCAGAGGAGCAUCUGCGCGUUUGUGCUCUUUGUCAUCCUCGUGUGGAACUUUGAACUCUAUAUGAUUCCGCUGGUUUUGUUGCUGCCCUUGGCCUGGAACUACAUUCUCAUCGCAUCGGGCAAGGAUACGAGACAAGAUGUGCAAGCAAUGGAGGAUCUGAUGGAGGACGAGGAUGAGGAUUUUGACAAAGAUGACAGGGAAACUAAACCAGAGGCCGCGGACGACAGCCGUGAUAGAAACCGUAUCCUUGAGGAUAUGUUGGCUUCCUGGCACUUUGAGUGGAUGCUAGCAAUGGUGGACUCUGAGAGGAAAGGCUUCAUGAACAAGCUUUAUGCCAUUCAGGACGUGUGUAUCAGUGUGCAGAAUGCGCUGGAUGAAGUGGCCUCCUAUGGCGAGAGGAUAAAGAACACUUUUAAUUGGACUGUGCCUUUCCUAAGCUGGCUGGCCAUCGUCGCUCUUGGAAUGGCCACCGUUAUUGUUUACGUCAUCCCGCUACGCUACAUUGUGCUAGCCUGGGGAGUGAAUAAAUUCACCAAGAAACUGCGAGACCCUUACACCAUCGAUAACAACGAGAUCUUUGAUUUUUUGUCCAGAGUGCCCUCCGAUGUCCAAGUGGUGCAGUAUCGAGAGCUGAAACUAGAUCCCAAUCCUAGUCCAAAUAGAAGGAAGAAAAACAACCCCGGGUAAAAGUCUUCUCCUGUCCACUUCCUGUGUGCUGCUCCAUGACUGGACUCUGAGGAGCAAGAGUGGGGGAGGGCCGGUUGGAACCCAACGUGACCCGGCUCGAACUUCUUCCUUUAUGUCUGGUGUUAUUCUCAGCGUCCAUCAAUGGGCCCUGUUGUAUAAUUUUUGGAACAACAAAGAAAUUGGAUCAUUCCUCUCCCAGUUUUGCCGAAAUUAUGGACCCGUAUGUGCUUUAUCUCUGGGUCGUCCUUGGAUCACACAAAGCGAGAGCCUGUUCCUCAUGUCAUGCACCAAAACAACAUGAAGUUCACCGCUGUUGAUCAGUAAAGAAGCCUCACAAAUGUCCCUUUUGUUAGACUUGGUUGAAAUGCCACCAAGAUAACUUGGUGUCUGCCUCUUCACACUCAUGAUGCCUCUAUGGCAACCAUUUGGACUGAACCAAACCGAAGUUUUGUUUUUAUGGACUUACACUAAAUGUGUUUUUAAAUGCAUUUUGACUUCAAAACUGCAAUUUUUGGGAUGUAUUUAUUAUUAUUAUUUUUUUAAUUUGUGACGAAUUACCGAGGGUCCUGGCUCACAAUCUUUGAUGUCCCACAAGGAAUGAGUUUGAGUUCUUCCUCACCAAAUUCAUCCCAGCAUGCAGUUAUGGACCUUGCGUUGUGCUCUGGGCAGGAGAAAACUCACCAAACUCCUCCUACUAGUUGGGAGCAUGCAGUUGUCCAAAAUGUCUUGGGAUGAUAAAACUGAAUGGUUCAAAGUCGAUACAAGAUCACACAACCCCACCCACGUGUAUGGACGGCAGACAUGCACGUGCUCACAAAAAGACACUUUUAAGUCUUUUUUUUGGUAACAUAUUCAAGAUAUUUUAAUUUAUUGCAUCAAGGAAUUGGUUGUCUUUUUGUAAAUAAAAUAAAAAUAUGAGUUAAGAGUUUUGUUUUUUUUAUUAAAUAAUUGGUGAGUUAAUUCACUCAUUUCCCACCAUGCAGAAUACAUGAAAAACUCGAGGACCACUGCAUGAAAAUUAACGGGAUGUCGGCAUUUUGGUUUUAAGCAGCCAUUUUGUCAUUUCCAGGGCUUGUACUUUGACAAAUGCGAGUGAACUUGCUCAAGGGCACCUCAAAAGUAGACUAGCAUCACUUCAAGUUGACAUUUUGUCUCAAACAAGUUUAAUCCACUUUCAAAAUCCUUUCAGUUAAGCAUCUGUUCUUAUUGUGACUCUUGACUCUAAACUAGAGCGGAACAAUACACGAUUUUAUGAAACCAUUUUGGAUGAA